CUUUCAAGUACUGAUCAAUCCAACAUGUAUUUAUCAAGAUCUAUCCCAUUGUUCUUCCUUCUCUUCUCCCUUCUGCUCCAUGUAGCAAUUUGUGAAGACCCCCUCUAUCAUUUCUGUUUUAGCCAAGAAAACUACACUGCUUAUAAUAACCCUUAUCGCGGUAACUUGAAUGACUUGCUACUUCUCUUGUCUGCCAAAGUCCCUCCUACAGGUUUUGGACUUGGCUCAAUUGGCCAAGGCCGGAACCGUGUAAAUGGAUUAGCCUUAUGCGGCGGAGAUGUGUCUAGCACAAAAUGCAAAACUUGCAUCACUGAUGCUGGCAAAGAGACCCGCGAACGAUGCCCUGAUAAAAAAGGAGCAAUAAUUUGGUAUGACAAUUGCAUGGUCAAGUACUCCAGUACAAAGUUCUUCGGGGACAUUGAUAAUCAAAACAAGUUCUACAUGUACAAUGCGCAAUCUGUAGACAAUCCCACAUCUUUUAACACGAAAGUUAAGGCUUUAUUGAGCAGCUUAUCUGGUAAAGCUUACGCGGACACCAAAUUUUAUGCCACAGGGGAACUAGACCUUGGUGCCUCCAAAAAACUGCACGGGUUGGCACAAUGCACUCGAGAUCUUUCUAGUACGGAUUGUAAGAAGUGCCUUGAUGUUGCCGUAAGUGGACUUCCAAGCUGCUGUGAUGGUAAACGAGGAGGCAGGGUUGUGGGUGGGAGUUGUAAUGUUAGGUACGAACUCUACCCCUUCGUGGAGAACUGGUAAAAAAGGUCGUAGCUAGGCAAUAAAAGUGGAAGACAGUGUUAUGUGCACUGUAUUUUGUAGAUUAAGGCUAAUGGGCCAUUGGGACAAUGGCCGUUUGUAUAAAUGAUAUAGAAACACUGCUAUGUGAAAAAAUAAUGGCCUUUAUAGCUAUGG